GUGGAUCGCUACAGUGCACCGUGCAGACUGAAAUUGCCACUUGUUUGGGCAGAGGAGGCAUCAGCGGUAGCUAUAACGGUACGGAGCGCACCGGCUAACCUGCGAAUACCGCAACAUCUGUUUGGCCAGUGGUCCCGAAACACGAAGGAAUCACCCCCACUGACAGCUCACAGCUGCAGGAGAAAGAGGAGCCGGAGAAAGCCAGUACCCAGCCAGAACCUUCCAGAACCUGAGUCUUACGCAGGCGGAAUCGGCCUCUCCCUCUUCAUCAGCGCAGACAUGCAGAGCUGAUCCGACCCCUCCGAAUUUUCACUUGCUCUGCACACAAAGGAAGUAGGUGAGCAGGAGGGAGCUAGGCUGCUGUUCGACGUUCUGGGAGAUGAGGGCCGGUCGACAGAGGAGAGAGAACUAAUCGUCCAAUCAUCUGGCUUGAUGCACAUGUAUCCGGGCAGUUCUCCGAGGAGAGCCAAUCGCAGAGUCCAAGACGGCCGCCGGGGAGAGACGGUUAAGCAUGCCCAUCGAAACGCUACAGACAGAUAGCAAGCCCGCGGGCCCCGCCAGCUCCUUCGCCUCCGCUGUUCCCUUGCGUAUCCUCAACAAAGGGCCUGACUACUUCCGCCGGCAGGUGGACCAAAACCCCAAGCGGCUCAGCGCGGUCGAGCGCCUCGAGGCAGACAAGGCCAAGUACGUCAAGAGCCAGGAGGUGAUCAAUGCCAAGCAGGAGCCCGUCAAACCCCCCCCGGGCCCGGGACCGGGUUCGGGCCCGGGUCCCGCUCCCGGGCCCAGGCGGGCCGGGAGCAGCCCCGCCCUCAAAGCCUCCAACAACAACGCCAAGUCGGACACGUGCGUGACCCGGGACAACCUGAACCUGGAGAUGCUGAAGAACAUCCUGAACAGCUCGGAGGGGGCGGCGUCGGCAGCCAGCCACAAGCACAGCGCCCGCAGCUGGGCGCCUCAGCGCUCCGAGUCGGCCGAGCUGCACCGCCGCUCCUUUGCCGAGUCGCUCAAGGUGUUCCCCACCCAGAGCCGCGGCAGCCCGCAGGGCAGCAACCUCAACCUGAGCAAGCGCCCCCUGGAGGAGCGGGCCGGCGACGCCUGGCUGCACGUCUCCCACAGCUCCUCCGACAUCCGCCGCAUCUGCAACGGCAAGUCGCUGCGGGCCACCCCCAGCAGCAGCUCCGCCCCGCCGCUGCCACCCAAGCCCUACGCCCCGCCCCCCUGCCACCCCGAGGGCGAGGGGGCAGCGCCCGGGGCAGGCGCCGCCAAACGGCCCUCCCUGCACCGCUCCAAGUCGGACCUGAGCGAUCGCUACGCACGGGCGGGCGCCGAUGUGGAGCGCUUCUUCAACCUGUGCGGGCUGGACCCGGACGAGCUGGAGCACCUGGCGGUGGAGGGCCUGACGCGGGCGGGCUCCGACAUCGUCUCGCUCAACUUCCGCAGCGCCAGCAUGGUGAGCUCGGACUGCGAGCACUCGCGGCACAGCGAGGACGACGGGCGCGACGAGGACGACGCCGGCGAGCACGUGCCCUACGGCAUCUCCGCCGUCGAGCGCAACGCCCGCAUCAUCAAGUGGCUCUACAGCAUCCGGCAGCACCGCGAGUCCCAGAGGGUGUCGCACGUCUGAGGGGCGGGGCCUGCAACCACACCCCUGUUCCGCCCACUCUCCCCCCCCGAACUCUCAUAGCCCCUCCUACUCUCAGAACCCCGGCUGACCCCGCCUCCAGAUCAAAGGAUCCAAAAAAACAACAAAACUACAAAAAAAACUACAACAAAAUAAAGACUGAUUCAAGAUGGCUGCUCGUCCAUUGCCCUUAGCGCCCAGCUCCCACCAGCAGCCAAUCGGACACUGCGGCGUCAGCCCCUCGAGGUUGUUUCCAUGGCGAGGGGCCGUCUCCGAGCGAGAGCGUCUCCGUGUGUGAAACCGAGGGCUGCAGGUGCAUGUUACAGCCCCCCCGGUUCGUGCUGCUCUCAGACACACCCCGCUUCAUCCCCCAGGCCCCCUGCAGCCGGCUCGCCC